CGAGGUCUUCGAAGUAUACGUGGGCUCCACCGACUGAGCACCCGAUCCUUUCUCAGCCAAUACAGAUACCGCCUGGAGGUGCAGUGCUGCAUCGGCGGCAAUACAAAAUAAUCACUCAGCUCAGGCGCCAUGGCCGACGACCCACAUGCCGCCAUCAUUGGCAUUUACCAGAUCACACUUUACGGGAUUUUGGUCACGGAGGACAGCUUCCUCAAAGGACUGCGCAGGGGUGAAAGAACGAGCCUCGGGCAUAGAGUUGCGUCCGCUGCAAUUCCGGACAAGGUACCGACAGAGUUGGCAGACCAGAUUUAUGACGAGGUGGGCGAGCAUACGCGGCGAAUUGUUGAAGAGAAAUGGGCUUCUUGCAGCACACGAGACGAAAGACUUCACAAAUUCGCUGUGGAAGCCGAGUUUCCUGGCACAGCAAAGGAGGCUUCGAUCAGAUUCCUUGAUCGCACCAUCAACGCGACUUCUGUGGGGCUUAGUACAGCAGUAAACACCGCUACGCCGAUCGAUCCGAACAACCCGAUCACAUACUACAUCCACCUGUCUACCGCAGAGAAGCAUCCCGAACCCAAAGAGUUCGCUGGCCAGGCGACUAGUUUCCAUCCUGUGUUUCCCAAUCAGCAAGGCGUCUUUUGGGGGAAUGCAAAGAGCUUCGUUGUCGGCAAGCAGGAGAACGAACAAACGAGCCCGGAGAUCACCACAGACAUGCUGAUGUACCUAGAAGAUCCUCAUGAUCUUCCGACCAGCCAUUCUGACCCGCAUACGCAUCGCCUCGUGCAACUUGGCGGCAUUAAGGAGGCGAUCAAGAAUUGGGAUGGAGAGCUGAUCAAGAAUCUUGUGAAUUUUAUGGAGCUUGAGGUCGUGCCUUUCGAUGCUGGGAUGCCUUUCGAGCCGGAGAUCUUGCAAUACCAGCGCGUCCAUGAGUGA